AUGGCGAAAGCCCACAGCGUCUUCGUGCGUCUGGCGCUGCCCGUCUAUACCCAGCAUUUCAAGAGCCCUGCAUACGUCAAGGAGAGUACGCUGGACAUGAUGGACAAUAGAGUCUCCAAGGAAGUCCUCAAGAGCACUGCGCAGAGAGCCGAUGUUCGUGCGGCUAUUGGCACGGAUGAGAAAUACUGGGCCGACCUGUCCGCUCUCUUCAAAGCUGCCAUACCCAGUCUGGAGAGGAGGAGCUUCACCAUCUGGGAUCCGAGCAGCGUGGACUACGAGAGCACUUCUGGUGCUCUGAUCGCCUCCCAUCACCCCGGGCUAUGGAAGGACCUUCUAAGGUUGAUAGACUUGGUGUCAAUUAGUCGCAGUGUACUUUUUGCGGGAGAGCAUGUGCAGAAUCUAGCGGCCUCAUAUCACAUCGAGACCGAAGUGUUCCGCUUGAUCAAUUGCUGCGUCAGAGUCACUGCAAGAGGCUUUGACGGUGACGCUGGAACGGGCGACGAGGAGAAGUGGCAGUGGGCAGUGAAUGGAUACAAAAAGCUGCUCAUCACCACCUUGCAAUUCCUGAACAAUUUUGCGGCCAAGAAUGAGAGACGAAAGCUGAUGCUGUGGGUGGCAUUGUUCGACAACAGCUCCGAUACAGUAUUAGCGCCCGAGGAUGUUCCUGAGACAUCUUCUGCACAACCACUUUGGGACAGUUUACCGUUCUCGGACCACCCAAUCCCUGAGCAUUCGUUGGAGGGAAGGGCGAAAAUUGCACGUAAAGAGCAUUUCUACGGGAAUGGGUAUGGACUGUUCGUGAAGCGCCUGCAUCAGCUGCAGGCUGAAGACUAUCGAAUCGAGCGUGAUCGUGAGCCGACCCUAUUCGAAUCGUACAUGGAAUUCCCGAGGCGGUGGGCCGAGCUGAAUCAAGAUGACCAAGAUUAUUGGCAAGGGUCAUUUGACGAUGCCAUGGCAAAGUACCGACAGGAUCUCGCAGUCUACGAAGCGAAGAUGAUCGCAGUCACGGAAACACAGACCGUCCUCAGGAGCGACGUCCCCGUGGCCGAGCAAACUCGUCAAGUAGAACGUAAGAUUGCCAUGCUUGAAGAGCAGCUCGCCGAGAAGUACAAGACUGAGAGUGCGCAUGUAGCACCUCUUGACCCUCCUGCAUACGGCAGAGAUGGCCACUUGACUUUCGAUAGCGCCAGCCUUCAGUCUCGGCCUGUGGUGGCAGACGAUAUGCGAAUGCUCUUUACUGCAGAAGCCGGAACGAAAAUUCUUGAAUCUGGCAAAGCAGAGCUUAUGAAACGUCUCGAAGGAUACGACAUCUCAGACUCUCCUGGCCCUACCCUUGCAUCUACUAGGCCUGAAAGCGAGCAGGAACAAGAAGAGGACGAGGAAGAUUAUCCUGGCUCGACAGAGGACGGCCGUGGACUCUUAACAGAUGUCCCGCUCAUUCUCGGCCCUAGCGAGAUUGAGGUUCUGCCAAUGCUGAUCAUGAGCGGCAUCACACCCCCAGUUCGAACAGACCCAACACUGACUUCUGAGGAACGUAAUGCACUUCUCAAUAUGCACACAGUGAGAACACACCUUCUCCUCUCGCAGAGCAACGGGCGUAAUUUGCUCCGAGAGCUGCUCAUAUUUGUCGCAGCAUGGGAUCUGCGGGAGGAGGAGCUGUAUUUCAAGUUCAUGGUGAAGAUCAUGGAAGCCAUCCUCAGGAAUGGUCUCAUGCCAUAUGCAUACCACGCUUUCCGCGACAGGUCUCGGUCGAAAGACAUCAUUAGCCCGGCACAGGCGGUCAUUAUGAAGCUCUUGACUUGCAUCUUUCGAGCAAGAGGUGAGUCUGCAAAGGCAGCUAACGGAUCAUCAAAGCCGGUGCUGAACCUGCCGAACCUGCCGUCGAGAGUGGACUUACAUAUCCUCAACUUCAUCUUCACUGAGUUUCGCCAGCAUAUCAUCCCUCAGACGUGUGCCCUGAUUUUCCUCCAAGGUCAGAUUCACGCCGGUAAAGCGCAACCAGAAGACUUCCCUCUGAACCUGUGGGAUAUGGAACGAAUGUACGAAGGCGUUUACCAGUACCUCGAAUUCUUCGCGGUUUUGACGGAGGAAGGCGUCUGGAAAGGCAUCUUGGGGGAGUGGGAAAUGGCCAGUGAACUUGUGACGCUUCUCAGAGAACUGGAAGGUGGUAUCCCAAAGGUGGGUGCGGUGAUUCCUCAGAUUCCGCGCCGCCCACGGCUGAAACCACCUUCGCCGGCCCCAGUGGCUAUCGAGAGGCCAUUUGAUAUUGACGAACGAGAUCCAACGCUGCCUCCUCUUCCGCAACAGAGGACGAACAAUUCUUUGUAUGAAGCGGACACUCCAUUGGCAUAUCCAGAGGAAGCUCAGAUCCCUGUAGGCAAUGAUUUGCAGCACGACCAGGAUGAGCCUUCCGAUUUUGAAUGGCGCAAUCUUAAGAAGCUUACCGUGCUCGUUCUGUCAUCGCUCAUAUGGAAGAAUCGGACUGUGCAGGACCAGGUUCGCCGGUACGGUGGGUUGGAGGCACUUGUCUCGUGCUGCAGAACGGACGAACACAACCCCUACAUUCGAGAGCAUGCAAUCAUGUGCCUUCGAUUCGCCGUUGAGGGCUGCGAGGAGAAUGCCCGAAUGAUCAAAAGCAUGGCAGCCCAGCAGACACAGAAAGCUCUCGAAGGCGGCAGCGUGACCCUUGGGCCGGCGGAGGAUGUUCCACGAGAAGUGCUCGAUGCUAAUGGCUACGAGACAUUCGUGGACCCUAAAGGCCAAGUCGGAUUGCGCCGCAAAGAAGGUGUUUACUAUCCAAGUUCACAGCAUGGCCAAGUAGCGACGUCGGCAAGCAGCGGCAUGUCAAAUGCGGGUGUGUUGAAGCCGCGCUUGAGCUCCACAAAGCUGACCGCUGAACGUGCUGCUGAACUCAUGAGUAGUGCCUUGAGCAGUCUGCCGCUUGGAGACAAACUGGUCACUGACAAGCAGAAGGCCGAGGCGCUGGCUAAGCUCGAUAGAGCGUUCGAAACGACUGAAAAGGUUCUUGGACGAGGGGGAAAGGGAUGA